CGAAGUCUUUCAUGAUCUAAACAUAAACCAGACAAAACGCUUUUGUCUCUUUGUUUGUAUCCACAAGGAACGGAACAAAGAGAAGAAAACAAAAACCGAAUAUUCUUAUAAAUCUUGCAUAUAUAAGAAGAAGAUUCAUCAAGAAAGAUAAAAAUAAAAAGAUCAAAUGGAGAGCCUCUCACACAUUCCUCCCGGUUAUCGAUUCCAUCCGACCGAUGAAGAACUCGUUGACUAUUAUCUUAAGAAGAAAGUUAGAUUCCCGGGAAUGCAAGUUGAUGUUAUCAAAGAUGUUGAUCUCUACAAAAUCGAGCCAUGGGACAUCCAAGAGCUAUGUGGAAGAGGGACAGGAGAAGAGAGGGAAUGGUAUUUCUUUAGCCACAAGGACAAGAAGUAUCCAACAGGGACACGAACCAAUAGAGCAACUGGCUCGGGAUUUUGGAAAGCAACGGGUCGAGACAAGGCCAUAUACUCGAAGCAAGAGCUUGUCGGGAUGAGGAAGACUCUUGUCUUUUACAAAGGUCGAGCCCCGAAUGGUCAGAAAUCUGAUUGGAUAAUGCAUGAAUAUCGUCUUGAGACCGAUGAAAACGGACCACCUCAUGAGGAAGGGUGGGUGGUUUGUCGCGCUUUCAAGAAGAAGCUAACCACGAUGAGUUACAACAAUCCAAGAACAAUGAUGGGAUCAUCAUCAGGCCAAGAAUCCAAUUGGUUCGCGCAGCAAAUGGAUGAAGAAGUUAACAAAGAUCCAUCAGAUAAUUCUUCUAAUGAAACGUUUCACCAUCUCUCUGAAGAGCAAGCAGCAACAAUGGUUUCGAUGAAUGCAUCUUCCUCUUCUUCUCCAUGUUCCUUCUACUCUUGGGCUCAGAAUACACACACG